AUGUACUUCGUCGUUUCUCGUCGUUGUGUGACGGGUGUGAGGCUGCGGAAUGCGACGGUGCAGCGGCGCUGCAUCUUCCUCUGCCAGCCCACGCCCCUGUGGCGGUGCAGCAUUAGCGGCGAGGUGCUGCUCUCCAUUCCGCAGUUGCUCGCGCAGCUUCGGCGUCAGACCCAGGAUGGGGCCCCGCGCAUGCAAACGUUGGACGUGGAGGGGAGACUGGCGCUCAAGCUUGCCCGCAGCUCACGGCCGGAGGAUAGAGCUGAGGCUCUCAAGCACGGAGAGGCCCUGUGGAAGGAGCUGUGGGAGCCCACCUCCCCGCUUCCCAUGAGUUCGGGGACGGGGGUUCGCAUGGCACUCUGA